AUGUCUGCCGACUCAGCGGCCAAUGGCAGCCCGCAGUCAUUUAUGUCUGAUCCUGUUAUGCCUAUUGCCAUUGUUGGGCUCGCUGGUAGGUUUCCAUUAGAUGCUUCCAACCCAGAGAAGCUGUGGGACAUGAUAGCCAAGGGCCGUAGCGCCUUGACGGACGUACCGAAAGAUCGUUUCAAUAUCGAAGCAUUCUACCAUCCACACAAUGAAAGAAAAGGGACGCUUAAUGCCCGAGGUGGACAUUUUAUGGGCCAAGAUGUCUCUGCAUUUGAUGCUCCGUUCUUUUCCAUUACUCCGAAUGAAGCAAAGGCAAUGGACCCUCAGCAAAGAAUGGCUUUGGAAUGCACAUAUGAGGCAUUAGAAAACGCUGGUAUCCGCACCGAAGAUGUUGCAGGAACGCAAACUUCUUGUUACGUGGGGAGUUUUACAGGCGAUUACGGCAACAUGUUAUGCUGUGACCGGGAAAAUCUCCCUCUCUACUCGGCACUUGGUACCGGAAGCGCCAUGUUAUCAAAUCGCAUCUCGUGGUUUUUCGACCUGAAAGGCCCGAGUAUAAGUAUCGAUACCGCAUGCUCUUCAUCUCUAGUAGCAUUGCAUCUCGGUUGCCAAAGCCUACGCACUGGAGAGUCUCACAUGUCCAUUGUCGGGGGAACAAAUCUCAUGCUGAUGCCCGAUAUCAUGUCAUCCAUGUCAUCUAUGCAUUUUCUGAGCCCUGAUAGCAAAUGUCACUCGUUCGAUGCUUGCGCCAACGGCUAUUCUCGAGGCGAGGGAAUCUCAUUUAUAAUUCUUAAGCCUCUAGAUGCUGCGAUCCAGCACAAAGACAUGAUCCGCGGAGUUAUCCGUCAUACCGGCGUAAACCAGGAUGGAAAGACCCUUGGCAUCACUGUGCCCUCCGCAAAGGCUCAAGAGAGCAUGAUUAGGCAGCUUUAUGCCGAAGCUGGUUUGGACCUUGGUGGCACUCAAUACGUAGAGUGUCAUGGUACCGGCACUCCCGUCGGUGAUCCUCUGGAGGCUCUGGCAAUUGCAGAAACAUUCGGAAAGGCCCGCACUCCUGGUGACCCAGUAUUUAUUGGAUCAAUCAAGUCUAAUAUUGGGCAUCUUGAGGGCGCUUCAGGUCUAGCUCAAGUUACAAACUCAGUUUUCGCCCUUGAAAAAGCAGAAAUCCCGGCAAACCCAUGGUUCAACAAGCCCAACCCUCGCAUCCCAAUGGAUAAAUGGAACUUGCAGGUCCCUACUCAAUUGAUGCCGUGGCCUUCCGAGGGUCCUCGCCGAAUCAGCAUCAACUCAUUUGGUUAUGGCGGGACCAAUGCUCAUUGCAUUAUCGACGACGCCUACCAUUAUCUGAGGGACAGAAACUUGAAUGGAAAUCAUAAUACUGUUCAGGAUUAUAAUGACCAUUCGCCAGCUUCCUCCAACGAUUCUGGUGUCGAGGUCAAACAAGACCAGAUUCUUUCUCUACGGUAUGGUAACUUUGGGGUUUCAACCCCCCGUUGUGUGUCUUUUGGCGAACCAGACAUCUUCGUUAAUCCUGGCUCGAAGUCGCCUAAACUUUUCGUGCUAACUUCCAAUGAACCAUCGGGCAUAGACCGCGCUGCUACGGUUUAUCAUGAUUAUUUAUUGCGUCGAGUUGAAACUCUUCAACCUCCUGGGGUGGAACAGUUAUUUGAAAAGCUUGCUUAUACCUUGGCAUCACGGCGAAGUAUCUUGCCGUGGAAAUCCUUUGCCGUGGCUUCCUCUAUCGAUGAGCUCGCCGAAAAAUUGAGCAACUCCCUAGUUAAACCAAUUCGUUCAUCUAAGCCUCCAGCCCUAUGCUUCGUUUUUACCGGACAAGGUGCUCAAUGGUGGGCCAUGGGACGGGAACUAUGCAUGCACCAAGUCUAUCAACAAAGUCUAGAAGAAGCUACCAGAUACCUUCUUUCCAUAGGUUCAGAGUGGUCGCUACUUGGCGAGUUGUGGAGCGAGCAAGAAAGCUCGAGAAUUGACUCUGUUGUUAUUAGUCAACCUAUCUGCACGGCUGUACAGAUAGCCCUCGUUGAUCUCUUACAUUAUUGGGGCAUCAAACCUGCUGCCGUGGUAGGGCAUUCAAGCGGAGAGAUAGCAGCAGCGUAUGCAAAAGGCGCCAUUAGUCGCGAAUCUGCCUGGGCAAUUUCAUACUACCGUGGCCAACUCUGCGGCAAAAUUCCUGAAUUGGCUCCCCACCUAAAAGGUGCAAUGUUGGUCACUAAUAUUGGUCGUGGGGACGUUGAGAAAUAUCUAAAUCGGCCUCUUGACGGUAACGCGACUAUCGCCUGUAUUAAUAGCACACAAUGCGUGACCCUUUCCGGGGAUGCAGAAUCCAUUCACCAACUUGAGACCAUGCUCAAAGCAGAUGGUCACUUAGCGCGAAAGUUAAAGGUCGAUGCCGCAUAUCAUUCCUCUCAUAUGGAAGUUAUUGCGAGUUUGUACAUGGAAACCAUAGCGAACUGCCGUUCCCUUCCUGAUAACAACCAGGGUGUGAAGAUGUUCUCAAGUGUUACUUCUAAAUUGAUCGAAAAUACAGAUUUGGAUCCUUCGUACUGGGUUUUGAACCUAGUCGCCCAAGUUAAUUUUCUUGGUGCUAUUGAAACUAUGUGUGGAUAUUCCAGCAGCACGAGAGCCCGAGCCAUUCGACCUUUUGUCGAUAUCCUAAUCGAAAUCGGCCCACAUUCUGCACUUCAAGGAAUAGUCAAACAGAUCUUGAAUGCGCGAGGCUCGAAAUUUGGUGAUAUUGUAUAUAUGUCCGUCCUCCACAGAAACGAAGAUGCUAGGAAAACCGCCCUGAACACCAUCGGUCGCCUAUUCCAACAUGGGUAUCCAGUUGAUAUCUCUGCUGCGAACAAUGAUCAUACUGCCAGCGGGAUGGAUGGGUUCCUUGUCGACAUCCCGCCUUUCCCUUGGAACCAUACUAAUAGGUAUUGGGCCGAAGGUUACAGCUCACGGAACUACAGAUUCAGGAAGCAUCCGCGGAAGGAUCUAAUUGGAGCCCAGGUCCUCGAAGAACUGCCACACGAACCCCGUUGGACGAAUACUAUAAGGCAGAGCGAGGUCCCAUGGGUCGAAUUUCAUAGAGUUCAAGGCACUAAUUUGUACCCGGCUGCCGGAAUGGUGGUGAUGGCUAUCGAGGCUGCCCGUCAGAACGCGGAUCAAAGUAAGGAAAUUGAAGGUUAUGAACUUCGCGAAGUUAUGAUUCGCAAGGCCCUGGUUAUCCCUUCGGACGACACCGGUAUAGAAACAAUGUUUAACUUUAGCCCUUCCCAACCGGGUUUUGAGGGCUCGGAUACAGCAUGGCAGAAGUUCACCCUUCUUUCCAGAGUUGACGGAAUAUGGGAGACCAAUUGCACUGGGCUUCUCCUCAUGAAAUAUAAAACUGAAGAAUCCCCCAUAUUUCUUGACGAAAACCAAGCUGCUAAUAAGGUUUACGAACACGAGUGCAUGCAGAUAGCAAGUGAAUGCACAAUCUCCAAAAGCAACAACCAGUUCUACAAGCACCUCGCUAGCAUUGGCAUUCACUAUGAGGGUCCGUUCCAAAACUUGUUGGAUAUCAAAAAAGGUCCUUUCAAAACUGUUUGCGCUCUCAAAAUACCCGAUACUAAGGGUUUCAUGCCGCAUCAGUAUGAGUUUGAUCAUGUCAUACAUCCGUCGACCCUUGACGGUAUCUUUCAAAUGGGUCUACCAGCCGUAACCGACCUCCAUGAGGACCUCACGAUUGCUCAUGUUCCAACAUCAAUCGCGCGAUUAUACGUUUCAGCUGACACCCCUGUGAAACCAGGCUCAAUGCUCCGUGGUUAUGCUACCACCGAAGGAGCUUCAUCUAGUGACGGAGGGCUUGCAGUAGUUGUAUCUACUCCUCAAUGGACAAAACCUCUCGUCAUCAUUGAAAGUAUGAAAAGCACAACUCUAAAAGCUGCAGAAACGGCUUUUGCACAUGCUGUCAGUAUGCGCAAGCUCGUUUCUUUUCUCCACUGGCAGGAGGAUGUUGAGAAAUUGAGUUCAGAAGAUUUGCGAUUUCUUUUUGACAGAGCCCUGGGCGGAACUGGGAACAUUGAAUCCCGUUUGGUCGAAGACCUUGAGUUUGCUUCAUUCAUUUAUGUCAGACGUGCUUUAAGGGCCAUUUCCCUUGGAGAAGCCAAAACCUUUUUACCUCAUCUGCAAAAGCUCUACCAAUUUAUGCAGAGUACUUACGAGCGCGUAAGGCGAGACGCUGCCGAUUGCCAAACUCAGAAUGCAAAUUGGCUGAAUACGACCGAGGAGUUUGAAACCGAGCUCCUAGCUCGAGUUUCCAGGGGCUCUACCGAUGGUGCUAUUCUCUGCGCCCAUGGUGAAAAUCUUCCCUCAAUCAUGCGCGGUGAAGUGCUUUCACAAGAAGUUUUAAUGAAGGAUAACCUGCUUUAUGAUUUUUAUCAGUUCGGGGUUGGAAGCACCCAAAUCAACACGCAACUUUCGUGCUACCUGGAUCUUUUAGCGCACAAAAAUUCAGAUCUCAAAAUCUUGGAAAUUGGUGCAGGGACUGGCGGUACCACUGCUCCCGUUCUCGAAAUUCUUGGGGGACAAAAUGGAACUUCUCCAAGAUUUUCGAAUUAUACAUUCACUGAUAUCAGCACUGGAUUUUUCGCAAAGGCUCAGGAGAAGUUCAUACAGUGGGCUCCAUUUAUGACAUACAAACGUCUGAAUAUUGAGGAGGAUCCUCUAAUCCAAGGCUUCAAGGCCAAUGAGUACGACGUUGUUAUUGCAGCUAAUGCGUUACAUGCAACUCGAUCAAUGGAUAACACUUUAACCAAUGUGAAGAAACUUAUGAAACUGUCAGUACCAUCUUAG